UUGGCAGGGGCCAUUAUGUCUUCUGCAGUAUGCCUUUUGGUCCUCGCAUCAUUGCAAUCACGUCUGAUUCCGUGUUGUUAAUGGCGCAUUUUCAUAAUAAACAGCUCCAAUGUCGAAACCCCCGCACUUCUAAAACCGACUGUUCCCCAUAGAGAAGGGCCAGAAAAUCUGGGCUUGUUUUCGUUUCCCUAAACGAGAAAACCUCCGUUUGGCUGUCGAGAAAAUUAAAGCCUUGUGAACCUUUUGAGAGAGGAUCUCCGGAAGGUUCGAAAAGGCCGGGGGGUUCAGGUGGGGCCCCAUUGAUCGCGAGGGGUGUCCGUUUGAGCCCCAACAUAGCUUGGGGGAUUUAUGAGCACGAGAUCCCGAAAAUCGGUACAGUUUUUUGGUUGGUAGCGGUUGGAGUAAGAUGAGGUGGGUGACUUGUAUUCUAAGAUGCUCCAUGUUGCUGAUGCUUCUGGGUUUGGCUUCAAUACUUGCAAAUGCCUCUCCCAUCAAGAAUGAUUUUGGGCAUUGUGAAAGAGUUGUACAAAAGUGGGCAUUUUCUUCCCUUGAUGAAGAAGUUAAAGAAGAUAGACACACCUUGCGGGAUUUACUGUUUUUUCUCCAUGUCCCCAGAACAGGAGGCAGAACAUAUUUCCAUUGCUUCUUGAAAAAGUUGUACUCUAAAUCUCUGGAAUGCCCCCGUUCUUAUGAUAAGCUCCGGUUUGAUCCGAGCAAGCCAAAGUGCAGGUUGUUGGUUACUCAUGAUGACUAUAGCAUGAUGUCCAAACUUCCCAAUCAUAGAACUUCUGUGGUGACAAUACUUAGGAAUCCAGUUGACCGUGUUUUCAGUACUUAUGAAUUUUCAGUUGAGGUGGCUGCUAGAUUUUUGGUCCAUCCUAACUUAACGUCUGCAACACAAAUGGCUGCGCGUUUACGGGCUAAGAUGAGAGGAGUUAGCACGCUGGAUAUAUGGCCAUGGAAGUAUUUGGUUCCAUGGAUGAGAGAAGAUCUCUUUGCUCGGAGAGAUGCUAGAAGACAAAGAGGCUCAGAUGACAUUAAGAGCAGUGGUUCAUAUGACAUGAAUGAGAUUUUUAUGCCAUUGCAUGAAUACAUCAACACCCCUAUAGCGCAUGAUAUUGUUCACAAUGGAGCCACUUUCCAGGUUGCAGGAUUGACAAACAACUCUUAUCUAGCAGAAUCACAUGAGGUGCGCCAUUGUGUACAGAAGUAUAAGAUUCUUGGUGAACAUGUGCUUCAAGUUGCAAAGAAGAGGUUGGACAAUAUGUUAUAUGUCGGUCUCACUGAGGAGCACAAAGAAUCUGCAACAAUGUUUGCAAAUGUGGUUGGUGCACAGGUGAUUUCCCAGCAGAGAGCAUCAGCCAUGAGCAUGGAGAACGUAGCUAAUGAAAAUUCAGAACAGAGCUCUUUGUUGUCAGAUUCUGAGCUUGAAAAUGAUGUCCACCAGAAUAGCAGUGUUGACCACAAUGCAAGUCAGGUUGCUUCCACUGAAAAUGGUGAAGCAAUGAAACAAAAUAUGACUGUGGAAAAACUUAUGGAAGCUUAUGAAGUCUGCAUCUCUAGUCUAAGGAAGGAGCAAGGGCGCCGGCGCACUGCUUCUUUGAAGAGAAUCUCCCCUGCAAACUUUUCAAAGGAGGGACGUCGUCACGUUCCUGAAGUGGUUCUCCAGCAGAUAAAAUCACUUAACAGCCUUGAUUUGGAGCUCUACAAGUAUGCUCAAGACAUUUUUGCAAAGCAACACAAACAUACAAUGGAGAAGCUUUUUGCCAUAAAGUGGGAUAGCAUGUUUAACAACUCGGAUGGAGCUGUGCUAUGGAAAGUCUUUGCAUUGGCCACAACCCUGAUCUUUUUCUUUCUUUUUGUAAAUUCAAGAAGAAGAACAUCCAAAAUUAAGAUAUAAAUGUUAUUCAAUCACAAAUCGUAGGGGGUUGCAGGGCUUACAAAAAUCGAGAGAUGCCAUAGAGUAGUUGUUUUCAUUUUAGUGUCUCGGCUCGAGCCCAAGCCGCGUAUAGUAGAAGCUCAACCAUGGACCGAUUAUUUUGUGCAAUGUGAAAGUUUUAUGAUAUUGCUUUUCAACAUUGCCCUCAUGAUGUAUUGCACAGAAAAUGAUUGAUCAAGGCACUUAUGCAGUUGGGUUUUCCUCGUAAAUUAUCAAUGCUGUGAAGUGAGCAGUUCAUACUUCAACAAUCGUGCUGGAGUGUUGUGGCUGUUUCCGGCUGUUAUAUAUUUACCCUUUAGAUGACUUUGGAGGAGCACCUUGGACGUAAGACAGAAUAUAGGGUUAGUACCUCACCUUUUUUUUUUAAUAUUGGGUAACCGUUUUCUUAUGGGUUGGAUGGAAUUAAUACAUGUAACAUAUCUUGGAGCUGUCAAAAGUCAAUUCUUUGAUUAUAAGAUCAGAGGACAUUAUGUUCGCAAUCUA